AUGCCGCUGUCGGCGCGGCCGUUGGAGACCCUGUUGGAGCAGCAGUCGGCGCGGCAGUUGGACAGCCCAGUGGUGCAGCCCACGCGGCAGCCCCGGCGACGCUGCGACCCUGAGGCGACGGCGGUCAGCGGCAAGGAAGCUGGGAAGAAGCGCUCGAAGCUUGGCGAGAUGAUUCAGACCAGGAUCACGGGCCAGAUGCUGCCGACCGCGGGCGCUCCCAGUUCCUCGAUUGGUGGACAGGCUGGCUCGGACGAGAAGGCGGUGCUGCGCGCGCUGGCGAACUACCUUCGCAAGAAGGGGCCCGGCGACCCGCUCGACGGCGACGAGGGGCAGAUUGUUGGAGAGAGGCCUGCCGCCGCGAAGAGGCUCGCCUACAAGCGCAUCGCGCAUGGGGCGCCGGGCCGGUUAGCUGAGAUGGAGAUGGAGAAUAUGGCCCAGUACCUGGACAUAGACGAACGGGACGACGACGCUUCCCAGGUCAGAGCCGUCGCGGCGAAGUUCCUCUUGAGGGCGCUGCGACCCGCUCACACGGUCGAGGAGAUUGGCGAGGACAGGUGCAGGGAGCUGCGGGCGCUGUGCGAGUGCGCCGACCUGAUCGUCAAGGGCAGGCCUGUGCACGCGCUGGACUACAACUUCUGCAGGAUCAAAGCGCUGCAGAUGGCGAUCAGGGACGGCCGCGCGCGAACGGCGAAGUGGUUCGAGCCGAUCCCUCCCGACAGCGGAGGCCUCAGCUUGUCGUUUGAGGGCGAGGAGGUGGUUGCCGGCAUCGAGGCGGCGGAGGUCAGGGCGGCCCAGCUGCUGGGGAAGCUGGGCGGCCGCGGCUCGGACAUUGGCCGGGGUGGAUUCACUGGAUCGCCGCCUUGCCCCGAUGGCCACCGCCAUGGCGGGGGCCCGGGCCCCGGAGACUCGCCCAUUGUGAACAUCGCCAUGCCGGCCCCUGCAGCUGGACUACGAGAUCGAAAUGGACUGCGCCCUCCCGCUGGCCGCCAGAGGUUGGCGCUGGCCGAGCCGACGGCACCGCCGCCGGAGAGCGCCUUGCCAGCGCUGACAGACUUCCAGGGCCCCCAAGCGGUGGACGCGUCGCUCUUGUCAGCGCGGGUUUCGGCUCGGGCGAGCAUGCCCCGCGCCGAGGGGAAGAGCAGGAAGCAGCUCAAGAAGAGGUGCGUGACAGCAGAGGUCAGGGCGGAGCAGCUGCCGCGCGGCGCCGCGCCCUGCGGGGCAGUGGCGUCGCCUUUCCGCGCCGUGCCCGACGCGGCGGAGGCGCGCGGGGCUGCCGACGCCGUGCCCUGCGGGGCGGUGGCGUCAGCUCGGCAGCCCGCUGGCGCCGUGCCCUGCGGGGCGGCGGCGCCCCCCCUCCGCGCCGGGCCCACUGUGGCGGCGGGGCAGGGGGGCGCUGACGCCGCGCCAUUCGGGGCGGGGGCGUCGGCGGAGCAGCCCGCAGCGGCCUCGACCCUGAGCCAGUGGAAAGCUGCUGCUUCUCCCCGCCUAUGCCGCUCGAGAGGCUCCAAGAUGGCAGCGCUGGAGAUCGGCUUCGGGAUCCUCAUCAACGCGCGAAGGAGCAAGAUCGACGAGUUCCUGAUGAGAUGUCCCAAGGGCGUCGCGCCACAAUUGUCGGCGUCCGGCGUUGGGCGCGAUGCGUUGCCACUACCAGUGAGGGGGCCGACGCCCCUACUUGCUUGGGAACGAGAAAUGAAGAACAAAGGUCUGCUCAACGAGGAAGGAUCCCCCGUCAAUCUAGAGAGGUGGACGAAACCCCUGAGGGUUGAAGCCCAGGAGAUCGCCAGACAGGUCUGGACCUUCCUCGGCGUCAUGGGCCUUAACUACUUGUACUUGGGCCAUCUCAGUAAGGACCUGUUGAAGAGUCGGACCAGCUACAACCUCGACGAGGACUGCUGGCCCCUGCCGCUCAACUUUCUGGAGCUCGGGCCGGGGCCCCCGAAGGCCGAGGACAUCAGACGCCUGGACGUCCUCGAAUGCGCGGGGCCGGACCUGCAGGACCUGCUCACGAAUACCUCGCCGGGGCCGGUGGAGGUCCUGCCCUGGAGCGGGGGCGACCAGAAGGGUGCCUUCAUGCAUCGCAUCCCGGAGCCUUGGUUGGGCUAUAUGACGGCGUGCACUCCUGUUCCUGGCCGCGUCUUAGGGAUAAAUGCGAAGGAGGUCUGGCUGGCCAUGGCGGCGCCCCCCAUGGGCUGGGUGCGCAGCGUGGCCAUCUUCCAGAGCAUCCACUGGAGAGCUCGCAUGAGAGAGAGCUACCGACGCAACGCCAUCCCCAUCAGCGAGACCAAGGCCAACCAGCGCCAAGUCCUUGUCACCUGGAUGGGGGUCGAGGUCGACGUGGUCGCUGGUCGGGCGGCCAACAACCGAGAGAAGAACGUGCAGCUGUACAGGCUCACCCUGUGGCUGCCCACCAGGGACCACUCGCUGGGGAAUCAGCUACUGACCCUCAUGGGCCGCUGGAUUCGUGCUCCACAUUUCCGACGGCCGUUAUUCGGAGUCUUCAAUGCCGCGUGGGAGGCGAUUGGUUCGGGCCGGACUGCCCUCCCGCGGGACUGCCUGGACGAGUUGAUGCACGCGUGUUCGCUGCUGCCGCUGGCCUCGUCGAACCUGAGGGCGAGGACCACGGGGAUCGUCUCCUGCUCCGAUGCCAGCGAGGACGGCGCCGGCACGUGCACCGCCGUGGGGCUGGCCGACGGAGCGGGGCCCUUCCUGAACAGCUUGGGGAGCCCCGAGACUUGGGCCUACCGCGUCGCCGGGUACUUCGGCAAGUGCGUGGUCGAGCUGCCGCUGGAGCCCUGCGCCUUCCGAAGCGUAAGGGUCCUGCACUUGGUGGACUCGCAGGUAGUGGCCUCCAUUUUGACUCGUGGGCGCACAUCCUCGGCCAAGCUGCGAGGACUGGCACGCCAGUACGCAGCCAUCGUCGUGAGCUCGGACUUGCACGUUGGCAUCGGUUACAUCAAGACGAAGUUGAACCCGAGUGAUCGGCCAUCAAGAUAA